AUGUCUAGUGGAAUGUCAGAUUCACUUCAAGCCAUUAGUGUGAAGUUAGUGGGAGAUAAUUAUGUGUAUUGGGCCUAUGUCAUGAAAAAAUUUCUUCUAGAUAAAAAUGUUUGGGAUGUUGUUACUAGUGAUUCUCCUAUGCCCACUGAUGCCAAUGUUGAAAAGUUUCAAGAUUUGCUCUCUACUUGGCAAGUUACUAACGCCACGAUUAUCACUUGGAUUAAUAAUUCUGUAGAUCAGUCUAUUGGGAUUCAUUUUGCCAAGUUUACUACUGCGAAACAAAUUUGGGAUCAUCUAUCUCGGUUGUAUAUUCAAUCAGAUUUUGCUAAAUGGUAUCAGUUAGAACAUGAGAUUUGUGCUACUCAACAAGGCAAUAAGAGUAUCCAGGAAUUUUAUUCUACCAUGAUUGGUUUGUGGGAUCAAUUAGCUUUUAUUAAGCCUAAGUCAUUGAGCACUCAUGAGGCAUAUUGUACUUAUUUGGAAGAGUAG